CCUGUACUAUGUCUGCAGUCUCUGGUCAUCUCCUGUACUAUAUCUGCAGUCUCUGGUCAUCUCCUGUACUAUAUCCGCAGGCUCUGGUCAUCUCCUGUACUAUGUCCGCAAUCUCUGGUCAUCUCCUGUACUAUGUCUGCAGUCUCUGGUCAUCUCCUGUACUAUGUCUGCAGUCUCUGGUCAUCUCCUGUACUAUGUCUGCAGUCUCUGGUCAUCUCCUGUACUAUGUCUGCAGUCUCUGGUCAUCUGUAGUAUGUCCGCAGUCUCUGGUCAUCUCCUGUACUAUGUCUGCAGUCUCUGGUCAUCUCCUGUACUAUGUCAGCAGUCUCUGGUCAUCUCCUUUACUAUGUCUGCAGUCUCUGGUCAUCUCCUGUACUAUGUACGCAGUCUCUGGUCAUCUCCUGUACUAUGUCUGCAGUCUCUGGUCAUCUCCUGUACUAUGUCCGCAGUCUCUGGUCAUCUCC